CAAAUAAAUCAACGCGAUCAAUCGAAAACAGUGCGCGUUUUUGUUUUUCAUUUUAGGGAUAAAAUAAUAUUUCUACAUUAUAUUUAGAAAAAAAAAAAUCUAUUUAAAUAUUGUUUAGCCUAGGCGCAAUCAAAAAUGACUUCGAUCAUUAAGCUGCAUGCCAUUUCCGGCGCUAUGGACGAGUCACCACCCUGCUACAUUUUGCAAGUGGAUGAGGUGCGUUUCUUGCUUGAUUGCGGGUGGGACGAAAAGUUUGAUCCAAACUUUAUAAAGGAGCUCAAGAAAUAUGUUCACACGAUCGAUGCGGUGUUGUUAUCCUACCCGGACGGACUUCACCUGGGAGCGCUACCAUAUCUAGUCGGCAAGCUGGGAUUGAACUGUCCCAUAUACGCCACAAUUCCGGUAUAUAAGAUGGGUCAAAUGUUCAUGUACGAUUUGUUCAUGUCCCACUACAACAUGUACGACUUUGACCUCUUCACACUGGACGAUGUGGACGCGGCAUUUGAUCGAAUUAUACAGCUCAAGUACAACCAGAGCGUCUCUUUGAAGGGGAAAGGGUACGGUAUAACGAUCACGCCACUUCCGGCAGGACACCUAAUCGGAGGAACUAUAUGGAAGAUAGUUAAGGUCGGCGAGGAGGACAUCGUGUACGCAACGGACUUUAACCAUAAAAAGGAACGGCAUCUGAACGGGUGUGAGCUGGAAAAACUACAGCGGCCUUCGUUGUUGAUCAUUGAUGCCUAUAAUGCACGCUAUCAGCAGGCGAGGCGUAGGGCAAGAGAUGAAAAGUUUAUGACGAAUAUUUUGCAGACGCUGCGAAACAAUGGAAAUGUUUUAGUGACGGUUGACACAGCUGGGAGAGUUUUGGAGUUGGCACAUAUGUUGGAUCAGUUAUGGAAAAAUAAGGAAUCCGGAUUGAUGGCAUACUCGUUAGCACUGUUGAACAAUGUGAGCUACAACGUGGUCGAGUUUGCCAAAAGUCAAAUUGAAUGGAUGAGUGAUAAGCUUAUGAAGAGUUUUGAAGGAGCUAGGAAUAAUCCCUUCCAGUUCAAGCAUUUACGAUUGUGUCACACAAUGGCAGAUCUGUCGAAAGUUCCGAGUCCCAAGGUAGUUCUGGCGAGUUCAUCGGACAUGGAGAGUGGUUUUUCACGGGAACUUUUCGUUCAGUGGGCGAAUAAUGUAAACAACAGUAUCAUUAUCACGUGCAGGUCUUCACCUGGUACGUUGGCACGAGAUUUGAUUGACAACGGUGGAAACGGAAGGAAAAUCGAACUGGACGUGAGACGUCGAGUUGAUCUGGAAGGAGCUGAGUUAGAAGAGUACAUGAGAACCGAAGGAGAAAAGCAUAAUAGAUCAAUCAUUAAGAGCGAUAUGAAUUUGGACAGUAGUUCCGAUUCGGAAGAUGAGUUGGAGAUGAGUGUGAUUACCGGAAAACAUGACAUUGUUGUUCGACCAGAAGGACGUUCGCACAGCGGUUUUUUUAAAUCCAGCAAAAAACAAUACGCUAUGUUCCCAUUUCAUGAGGAGAAAAUCAAAUUCGAUGAGUACGGCGAAAUUAUUCAACCCGAUGAUUACCGCGUGGUAGAUGCGGGCCCAGAUGGUCCUGGUGAGGAUAAUAAAGAAAACUAUCAGAUCAAACCGGAAGAUAUCAAGAAAGAAAAAGACAGCGAACUUACCAUUCUUGAUAAGCCAACUAAAUGCAUCAGUAGUCGCAAACUGGUAGAAGUUAAUGCACAGGUACAAUUCAUCGAUUUCGAGGGACGAUCAGAUGGAGAAUCAAUGCUGAAGAUUCUUUCUCAGUUGCGUCCUCGCCGGGUAAUCGUCGUGCGUGGCUCCACGACAAACACCGCUCACAUCGCAGAACACUGUCAGUUGAAUAUAGGUGCCAGAGUGUUCAGUCCUAGCCGCGGCGAAGUAAUUGAUGCUACGACCGAAACCCAUAUCUACCAGGUGCGUCUCACGGAAGCUUUGGUUUCUCAGCUGGAAUUCCAGAAGGGAAAAGAUGCAGAAGUAUCCUGGAUAGAUGCUCAGAUCGUAAUUCGCAACAAACAGUUUAGCGCGGAGGCUGAACUGGACGCGGAAUCUGCCGGCCCUCUUAGUGGCACUACGAACAACGCUACUACCAAUAAUGUAAUCGCCGCCGCAACGGCAGCUGCCACUGAUGCUCCGAUGGAUGUCGAUCAAUUAGAUGGCCUAGAAGAUAAGAGUGACAAGCAAAUUCUUACGCUAGAGCCGCUGAAUAACGACGAGAUACCGGCACAUAAUGCGGCGUUCAUCAAUGAGCUAAAGUUAAUCGAUUUCAGACAGGUUCUUAUGAAGGCAAAUAUCAACUCAGAGGUUUCGGGAGGUGUACUGUGGUGCAGCAAUGGAACCUUGGCGUUAAAACGCGUCGACACGGGGAAAGUGACGAUCGAAGGGUGUCUUUCGGAAGAUUACUAUCGAAUUCGUGAGUUACUCUACGAACAGUAUGCUAUAGUGUAACAAUAUAUCCGUACCUAGCUAUUUAAACGAAAAUAAAUAAAAAAGACAAGAAUUCGAUUAUUUCUUCGUGCUUCGUCGACAAAGAUAUUGAGCGGAAUGAAAAACUAAAAUUUUACCGUAAUUUUUGAAAACAAUGUAACUGUCAAUAAGUCUAUCUACAGUUUACGUCAGUGGCGUAGCCAGAAAUUUGGUUUGGAGGGGGUUUCGAUGAAAAUCGCAAAAUUUUUGAAAAAAUGCUAAAAUUUAAUGAGUUUGAUAAAUUAUUGAAAACUCAAAAACAUUAGUAGUCUAACAGAUGUCAUUCCAGUCUACAAACAAGAAGGAUCAACAUGGAACAGUUUUCAAACCUCUAUAGAUUAUUUUCUUGUAUAAUAUGUCAAUGAAGUCAAAAAUUGCGAUCUUUUAAAGUGGGAUAAAUGAUCUAAAAAAAUUUCAACGUUCAAGAUCACCUAAUAUAAUAAUCCUUGACUUUGAAGGUUUGACAACUUCGGGAAGUUAUCAACAUAAAACAGCGCCUGCUUUGCUAUAGAAAU